GCCCCCAGGGGGAGGGGGCCCAGGCGGUGACUCCGGGGAGCUGCGGUGGGGGCCGGACUCUUCGUAGACUCGCGCGCGAGCGCGUGUGUAUCUGUGAGAGUGUGUGUGUGUCUGUGAGUGUGAGUGAGUGAGUGUGCGCUCGGCGAUGUGAGCGAGCGAGCCCGCGGCCCCCGGCUCCUCGGCAGCAGCCGCCGCCUCCUCGCCCUCACUCACUCCCGCGCCCGAGCCCGGAGGAGCAGGGGUCGGAGGAGCGGGCGGCGCCUCCCGAGGCCUCCGCUGCCGUCGCCUCCGCAGGGAAGGCUUACAAAUUGGAAGAUUAUUUUUAGACACCGUAGCCACAAGCAAUUUAACUGAAAUUAACUGCUUCCUUGUGAGUGGAAAGAAUUUCAUCUUUUGGUAUAAACUGAAGAAUAAAUCAUGCCAGCUUUAUCAGCAGGAUCUGGAAGUGAGACAGGUCUGUAUGAGCUGCUGACUGCACUGCCAGCCCAGCUGCAGCCACAUGUGGACAGCCAGGAAGACCUAACCUUCCUCUGGGAUAUGUUUGGUGAAAAAAGCCUUCAUUCACUGGUGAAGAUUCAUGAAAAGUUACACUACUAUGAGAAACAGAAUCCUGAGCCCAUCCUCCAUGGUGCAGCAGCUUUGGCAAAUGAUCUGGCUGAAGAGCUGCAGAACAAGCAGUUGAACAGUGAGAUCCGAGAGCUGUUGAAAUUACUGUCAAAACCCAAUCUCAAGGCAUUACUCUCUGUACAUGACACUGUGGCCCAAAAGAAUUAUGAUCCUGUUUUACCUCCUAUGCCUGAUGAUAUUGAUGAUGAGGAAGAUUCAGUAAAAAUAAUCAGACUGGUCAAAAACAGAGAACCACUGGGAGCCACAAUUAAGAAGGACGAACACUCUGGAGCAAUUGUUGUGGCUAGAAUUAUGAGAGGAGGAGCUGCAGAUAGAAGUGGUCUUAUUCAUGUUGGUGAUGAACUCAAGGAAGUGAAUGGAAUUCCAGUAGAAGAUAAGAGACCUGAGGAAAUAAUACAGAUUUUGGCUCAAUCUCAGGGAGCAAUCACAUUUAAAAUUAUACCAAGCAUCAAAGAGGAUGUACCAUCUAAAGAAGGCAAGAUGUAUAUCAAAGCCCUAUUUGACUAUGAUCCUUAUGAGGAUAAAGCAAUUCCAUGUAAAGAAGCUGGGCUUUCUUUCAGAAAGGGAGAUAUCCUUCAAAUUAUGAGCCAGGAUGAUGCAACCUGGUGGCAGGCCAAACAUGAAGGUGAUGCCAAUCCUCGAGCAGGCUUGAUCCCUUCAAAACAUUUCCAGGAAAGGAGAUUUGCACUAAGGCGACCAGAAGUAUUAGUUCAGCCCCUGAAAGUUUCUAACCGGAAAUCAUCUGGUUUUAGAAGAAGCUUCCGUCUUAGUAGAAAAGAUAAAAAGACAAACAAGUCUAUGUAUGAAUGCAAGAAGAGUGAUCAGUAUGAUACAGCAGAUGUCCCAACGUAUGAAGAAGUUUCACCAUAUCGGCGACAAAAUAAUGAGAAGUACAGACUAGUUGUUUUGGUUGGACCUGUGGGAGUAGGCUUAAAUGAACUAAAACGAAAGUUGCUGAUUAGUGACACACAACAUUAUGGUGUGACAGUGCCACACACUACCAGAGCAAGAAGAAGCCAAGAAAGUGAUGGUGUUGAAUAUAUUUUCAUUUCCAAGCAUUUGUUUGAGACAGAUGUACAAAAUAACAAGUUUAUUGAGUAUGGGGAAUAUAAAAACAACUACUAUGGCACAAGUAUAGACUCUGUUCGAUCUGUUCUGGCUAAGAACAAGGUUUGUUUGUUGGAUGUUCAGCCUCAUACAGUGAAGCAUUUAAGAACACUAGAAUUUAAACCAUUUGUUAUAUUUAUAAAGCCUCCAUCAAUUGAGCGUCUAAGAGAGACAAGAAGAAAUGCAAAGAUUAUUUCAAGCCGGGAUGACCAGGGAACGGCAAAACCCUUUACAGAAGAAGACUUUCAAGAAAUGAUUAAAUCUGCACAGAUAAUGGAAAGUCAAUAUGGCCAUCUUUUUGACAAAAUUAUAGUAAAUGAUGAUCUCACUGUGGCUUACAAUGAGCUAAAAGCAACUUUUGACAAAUUGGAGACAGACACCUAUUGGGUUCCAGUGAGCUGGUUACAUUCAUAAGACUGAAAGAAGAAAAUGUUUCAGAGUCAUUGUUUAACUGGGUUCACGUUUGAAAAGAAAGUAGUUGCCAUUUUGGUGGAAGGGUUUUUAAAUUUCUGUCACUGAUAGGUGGUUGUUUUUUAAAUCUAUGUCACUGAUGCAGUUACAAUUUUGAUAAAGUUGAAUGCUGAUAUUAUUUUCUUCUUUAAAGUCCUUUACCAGAUUGAAGGUGUGCAAAUAAGAUCUAAAUUUAAUUUAAAUGGAGCUUUGCCCAAUUCUCUAUUCUAAGCUGAGCUUUGAAACAUCUGGUUGUCUUUAAUAUAGCUAUAUAUCCACGAUGAGGUUUAAAUUUUUGUUUAAAAGAGAAGUCGCUAAAGACUUUAAUAUAUAUUGGAGAUCAGUGCUUCAGUAGUCUCAGAUGUGGUCACUGCCAUAAAGUUUGCAUGUUAGCAGUCGAAGGUAAUAUCAUUACUUUAAAUUGCGGUCCUUGAGACAAGCAGGACAGCUUAAGUUUUUCUGGAUAGAUCAUCACAGUUUUAACUGGACUAUCAGGAUGGGUUCUCUUGCUGUCCCCUGGAAGUCUAAGGUUUUCUUUUGGGUUUUUUUUUUUACCUAUACCAUAUAUUCACGUGUAUAUUUAAACUCUUUCAUAAGCAAAUUGCCCAGUGAAUUAAAAAAUUUAUUCUGAGAAGGGCUUGCGUGCUGUGAACAGACUUUACAUAUAUUUGUAGGUGGUAUAACAAAGACUUUAAUAAGGGAAAAUAGGUUACUUUAAUAUUACAUAUGGAACUUUACAAAAUUUUCCUUAUCGCAUUAAUACUUUAUAAGUUCAGUGGUAUCUUAAGAUAAGUAGCAACAAAAUAACUUUUUUUAAAAAGUCAUCGGCAAAAAUUUCUGGAGUCAUUUUAAAGUAGGUUUAGUCAGUCACAGAUUUUUCCAAUAAAUGACAGGAAAAUGUUUCACAUUUGAAAAGCAGAUAUACUCAAGUUACUGUUACAAACACAAUAAAUAAGUGUUGCACUGAUUUAUUUAAAAUUAUAGGCAAUUUAUUACCAUAUACUUGAAAAACAUCCAGUUCUUUUAAAUUACAAAAUUUCACAUUUAAUUUUAGCUUUUAUUAUACUAUUGAGACAAAGAUCCGUUUUUAAUAUUGACUAGACCCCAUCUCAACCUCCUUGAAUUUUUUAUAACAGUAAAUGAACAAAUCAUGUAUUUGUACACAAUUAAAUGUGAUUUUUCAUUUUUUUCUUGAUUUACUACUGAUGUGCAGAAACUCAGUAAAAAGCUUUAACAUGCCUGUUAGCUGCAUAAGUGAAUUUACCCUGCAACUACUGAGUGCAGUAGACCUUGCUAACCAAAAAUCAUCACAUUUGUGACAUACAAACAAGAAAUGAAUUAUUUUAUGUUCACAUGUAAAGAAGAAUGUAGAUGUCUUGUUUAAAUAAAAAAAAGAAUUUAGUGAAACUUUAUAUAUUUAUGAAAGGGUUGAAAGGGACAGUAGGGUUUUUUAAUUCCUUGUCAGUAUAGUUAUUCAUAAAAUGGAUUAUAUGUGAAAGCGUAAAUUGAAAUGGUGGUUUUGUAAAUCAGGCUCAACAUUCCAUGUAAAUAUUUGACCAUGGUUCAUGUACAGGUGGAGGGAGCCACCAGUUUGUUGUAUUUUAAAUGCAUGUUGGAUAGCCUGGUUUCCCUGCAUUUAUUUCAGGCUUAUCAAGUAAAACAAGCAAAAUAUUAAAAACAGAAACCUCAAGUAUUUCACUAGACUUGCCACAUGUUUUUCUCACCACAGAUAGCUAGAACACAAAUUUUACUCAAAUCAUAAUAAUAAUCAGUGAAUACUCUUGUCAAAUUUUUAUUGCUGUUUACUACAAAUUUUUAUUUCUGUUCCAGUUUCACAUAGCUAGCACCUUGUUAAUAUAGGGAUGCCAAGUCUGAUGCUGCUCAAGCUGGCCCUGACUGAUGGCCUUUGAAAGAAAUGUGAGUCCUGGAUAAAUAUUUUCUUUUUUUGUACACUCAUGAAAAUGUCCUUUAAAUCAUGUGUACCUGUAUAAAAUAUGCAUUAUUUAGCACUGUUUCUCACCUCCCUAACCCCACCCCAUCCCCCCAAAAACCACGCUUUGACCUGGAAUAUCCAGGCAACUGAGGCAAUAUUGGAUUUUUCAGAAUGCCACUAUCUAAAUAAUUGCCUUGAUUCUCCAAGUCACUUUGUGUAUGGAUAAAGCCUUAAUUUAGUGCAUGUUCAAUUCUUUUGUUGUUCUUAAGAAAGCCUCUUAUUAUAAAUCUGAAAAGAGUACUGUUAUUAUAUCGAUAAUUGCAAAUGAUAACACCAAAUACCCUCAAGGUGUAUUCUGAUCUGUUUCAUUUUGGAUCAUAACUAGACAAUAUUUGUAUGUGAAGAUAGCCCAUUCCUAAUAUUUUAAGAAAUGAAGGUCAUGGCUAUUUGAAAAGGUUUGCACUUGAAAAAUGUUGGCUAGUGAUGCAGUUAAGCACACUAACUUUUAGGCCACAAACCUAUAUCUUAAAAACAGCUUUAAUUAAAACUUAAUCUGAAUUUGUUGGACCUAAGGACAGCUAGAAGGAUUUGCCAACAUCGUGUAGCAAGAGGCUGUUGAUUCUGUGUUUUGCCUCCUAACACGACAAUUGCUUUAUGAGCCUCACUGUAGCUCUUGGCAGUAGCUUAACAGACAUAUCCCAAUUCCCAGGCUGGAUUGUCAGCCAGCAUCGAGAGCACAGGGAACGUUAAAUUUUUAAAAGUCUGUGCAUUAAAAAGCCAAGUUGGAUAUAAAGACGAUCCAAGAUCAAGAUGGAAAAUCUACACUCCUCUGAUCGACAAACUGAUACUUGUCGUCGUCGUUGCGGUUGUUUAAAGAAGAAGAAGAAGGGCGGGACUGAAGAUGAGGGAGUCGUAACUACAGUGCAUUUUCAUUUUUCCUAGACAUUCUUUACCUGGAAUGUACACAUUACGGCACACUCUCAUUACUGGCUCUGAAUAUGCAGCACUCAGAGUUUCUGCAGUAAAAAGUUGGCCACGUUUUUGUUCAUGCUUCUGAAAUAAAGUAUUUUGAAGAGAUUUACUUCAGUUAUUGAUUCACCAGUGUAGACCAGAGCGUGCUUUUACUGUGACAUUCAGCCACACAUGGUUCUUGGUGUCUGAGAGGCUGCUGUUUCUGGUACCAUGUCACGACUAAAGCCAUUUUCCAUCAUGUUAGCAAGGACCUUCACUUUUCUGAUGCGCACCACUGCUGUUAUAAAAAACUUCCCCAAGACUAAGAUGCUAUUAUUUAUUUCCUUGGUUUUUUUUAAAACUAAUAAGGCUUUAUAGAUAAAUACAACGGAAGACUUUAAUGUUAAAGUAUAUACGAAUUGUGAUGUGUGGUUUUUUGAGAACUGUUUGAUUCUGUUGGUAUCUCGUACUUCGCUGUUUGCUGUAGUAGAACAGAUGUUAACAUUUUGUACUAUCUUAUCCAGCACCAUACUUGAACUUGCCAUCAAUUUCUUAGUUGAUGCCAUGCCUGAAAUAUAAAUUUACUUUCUUCACUGAAAAUAAAUUAUUGACAC